AUGAGCUCGUUGUUUGCUUCAGGUUGUGCGGAGGGUUACGCCCGCGACGCCACAGAAAUCCAGAACAUCCAGAUCGCGGAGGGCGACGUGUGCCACGGUCUCUCUAUCCCCAUCUACAUGGUUUUCCCCCGACUCUUCACCUGCCCCACCCUGGAGACCACCAACUUCUGGAGUCUGAGACCGGCUUUAGGGCCCCUCAGACCUCAGUCCUGGGGCCCCAUCACAGAGACCGUCCCCUCAGUGCAGAGUCUGAGGCCUGCUCUGGGUUGUGGAUUCCCUCCACAUGGACUCACAUCAGGGAGGGACGAGACAGUAUCGCCCUAA